AAUUAUUUAUUAGUUGACAAAAGAAUAUUGAUUAACUAAUGAACUGGGCCGCUUAUUCUCUCUGCCUUAUCUCCUCGCCUUUGCUUCCGUCAAGCUUGUGACCGGCGCGUGGCGGCUCUCAUAGCGCCGGCGUCGGUCUCCUCCAUCACUUUUCGUUGUAGUUUUUAAUUUUCUUGUGCUGGUGGUGGUCUCGUUCUGGUCGUGGGCAAAGUGAAGAGGCUCUUUUGAAAUCUCAGAUCUGCUUGGGUUUUGGUCUAGAAUCUCGCAAUUUGUAGAGCUAUCUGUCCAUGGAGCUGGUGGAGUCGUCUAUUUCUCUCUCACCCCUUGGUGUAGAGCAGCGGCUUGCUUCAGUUGGGGUUGUGGUUCCAUGCGAAGUUUCAGAUCUGUUGCUCGGUGAGGUUUCUAAGUGGUGGUGCUUCCCUUGCCUAUGUACUUUUGGCCUGUGAUUGGUUUAUAGAUCUGUUGCUAGCUGAGUCUAGUUUGUUUAGGUUUGAAUGUGUAAUUCUGGCAUGCGCUUGGGGAUUUUUUGGAUUUGCUUCGAGUUUGAUUUUGUGAUUUGCGGAUUCGGUUGGAGUGGUUUUGUCUUUGGGAUUUGUGGCUUUUGCGAAGCUGUUGGCUCCGGAUGUAUAGGAUCUACGGUGCUGCUCUAAGAAUUAUGCCUUGGUUUUUGCUUGCUCUGUCCCUAGCCUAGUCGUUCUUGCUUUGAUUGUCUCUAAGCCGUUUGUUGAGUGUUGUCUGGGUUCUAGUCAGGUUCUUUCCAGACUUUGCUCUUCUAUCCGCUCCUGGUCGACUCGUCUCAACUUUUGAUUUCUUUUGGGUUCGUCUCCUUGCUAAGAAGAAGCUUCGCUUGUUUGUUUUUGGAUCGAUAGAACUUUAUGUUUGCAGAUGCUUCUUCUCCCUGUUGUUGUUCGCUGUGUUUGACAACCGUCUCGAUCCAUCGUCGUUUUCGUUCUUGUGAUUGGUGAUAUUUGAGAGGUUGGGCCUCACUCCUUGUCCUUGCUUUCCUGAAUCUGUUUUGAUAGGAUUGCCUUUUGAAGAUUUCUAGUUAGACAUUGUUGGACGUAGCAGUCGUCGUAGUCGUAUUCGGAAGCGUGCUCGAGGUUCUCUCAACUCAUAGGUUUUGCUUGCCGGGUUAUGAAGUCUUUGGUUCUUGGUUUCGAGAGGUCAGCUCUCAUUUUGAUAGGAGAAGGUAGAUGUUAUUUUAGGAUUGGCCGAGGGCAUCCUAGGUAAAUCUCAAUCGCAGGUGCUUCAGAAGAAGUGGUUUCCUUGUUUUCUUUGGUCUAUUGUUUCUCUUAAGGUUUUAGCCUUGUGCUUCUGUCUUAGUUUAUGGUUUCGUUCUCUUGCGUUGUCGGUUUGAUAUAUUUGCUUUGUAUUUCCAGUGUUAUAAGUUUCUCUUCUUUAGAGCCUAGUUUCCGGGGACAUUUAUGUCAUCCGCCGGCUUUUGUUUCCCUCUUUUGAGCUUUGGUUUCCGGAGAUAUUCAAUAUUUCCGCCGGCGUAUGUAAUCUCAAAAUGUAUCCUUCUAUGUUUUUAUAUAUAAAUUCAGAUGACAAAAAAAAAAA